GCCCAUUUCCAGUUAACGCUUCUUAAUUAAAGAUUCGUUUAGUAUAUUGAGAAAUGCCAAAACGGUUGGACACAAGAGUGGAGAUACGUACAGGGUCGACCAGUACAAACGCAACAGCCAAAGUUGAUUCUACCACGGAAAUCAAACGGACAGGUUACCUUCGUAUGCAGUCGGCAUACAAGAUGGCGGAGCUGAACCAACAAGACUUUAAUAGAAGCGCUUUGACUGUACAACGAAAACGGGCAUGGUACACGGGACAGCAAACUGAGAGAAUACCAAGCGGUUUGGUUCGAGUCAUUGGUGUAGACUGCGUGAGCCUUGAUUUAUCUUACAACGCGCUGAGUUCUGUAUCGGCACUGAAGGACUGUACCGACCUAGAGGAACUCAUCUUGGAUAACAAUUGCUUAGAAGACCUGAAAACUCUACCAGUCAUGCCGAGUCUCACUACCCUCAGCGUGAACAAUAAUAAGUUGGCAGACAUUGAUGGCGUUCUGAAGAGGAUAAAAGACUGCUGUCCCAAGGUCGAAUAUGUCAGUCUGCUCGGCAAUCCUGGCUAUCCGGAUCAGUUGACAAAUCCUACACUGAACGAUGAUGAAGAUUAUGAGCGUUUUAGGCUUUACUCAAUUUAUGUUUUGCCACCGUCCAUCCGUUUCCUCGAUUACCGAGCUGUGACUGCUAGCGAAAGGUCGAAUGCACGUAAUCGUGGCCGAUUUUAUCGAACUGUCAAACUCACCCAGGAGUCACCCGGUCUUCCACCAUCAUCUUCGAUCGACGAGUACGAUGGACUCGAUUUUAUAAACUACACGCCACUUCCACGAUCCGUGCGUACGCCGCAAGAUCACAAAGGUGCUUACGGGAAGUGCAAAUACCGCUAUUCUGGAAAGAACUCUGAAGGCAAUCGUUUCAUUUCAAAUAACGAUCUCUAGAGGCGGAAAUAAGGGGACAAGAAAUUACGGUUGGAAUGUUAAUUCGCACGAGUAAAGAUUGCCCUAGGCCAUCCCGUUUUUGAGAUCUUCCCUGUGAACUCAACUCAAAAUUCUGAGACCAGUUGGCAAAAAGUCUAAAGUCCGGCGAAAGACUAAUGCUAAUUUAUUUGAAAAAAAAAAAAUAAAUAAAAAAACAAAGGAGACUGUCAAUAUGCAUCGAUAACUUUCUAAUAAGUUGUAAACAUCAAUCUCCUUCUUAAGAGAUGGAUGCUCAUGUUUCUAUUCCUGAAUUAAAAAAUUGGAAUCUGCAAGGACCAAAAUUGUUAUAGCAGCUUUGCGAGGAGUAUGCGAGAUGCUGGAAUUGAUACGUGCCAGUUAGAGGUUAUGCGUCUGGAUGAAACAAAUGAGAAAUGCAGCAGGGACAUCGUGAAAUAUAAUAGCAAGAAAAGAGAGAAGAAAAGAGGAAAGGAGUAGCGAUAAAACCACAACCGUACCACUACGAUGAAAUUAAGGAUGCAAUAAUCAUGAGGAAAAAUAAUGAUAAAUAAAAAAGUAGAAACAAGGCUAUAAUGGAUAAACGUGUAAUGGAAUAUGGAAACUGAUGUAAUCUUGUUCAAGUGCAAUUCCGUAUCUUUGCUUUAUCCAAUAUUUAGGAAAAAAAGAGUACCGUGUCUAAUUUAUUCAGAAUUCAAGCUAUUUGCAUCAUGAGCAUCUUCCUCAAUUGUACCAACCGUUUUAUCAUGUCCGAGAUGACUUUAUGGCGUGAUGCAGUAAACUCAAGGAAAACCGGAAACACGAUGCAACGUGAGGUAAUUGUCGUCAGUGUGUAAAGUGUUGUGACGUCUCGUUGCUGUUACACACGUGUAAUUUAGUUAGCGCAAUAAACAAUUUCAAGGUAAACGAAGUCAUCGGCUUUGCCCACGAAAACUGUUGAUUGCGCUAUUCAAUUGUGAGGAAUUUAUAUUGUAUUCAAUUUAGCGAAGGUUCGAUUUACUAAAAGUCCUCGUCAAAUUGGUUUUUCAUGUUUUUGUGGAAAUCAAGUCGGCAUGCAUAUCUCACCCCCGGAUCUAGCCCUAGUAAUAGCCAGGUGUACGAGACACCAAACUUUUUGAUUCUCCUGUUUUCCAAAAAUUGCUUAGAAGAGUUAAAAAUUUUGGAAAAAUAAUUUUCACAAUGACAAAUUGAAAAUUCCAGGCAAU